UAUGUUAAGCAAGAUUAGAUUGUUCUCUUAAGCAAUGCGAGAAAACAAACAGGUUUUGCCUUGUGCUUCUGUGUGUAUGCGCGCGCUCGCGCGUGCUGGCUGAGAUGUGCGUAUUCUCUUCCAACCAGACAGACAGCGAAAGUUGAAGCCUCUGUCGUGCGAUGUGACGGGCAAAUGUCGAUGAAAGGAUUAUAACACAGGGAACCAAGCGAAACGGCACUUUAGGGCGGUGGAAAAAUGGCUCAUCGGUCGCAAUGCUCCUCUGCCGGGGACAACCCCCUGGACCCCAACUACCUGCCACCUCAUUACCGCGAGGAGUACCGUUUGGCUAUUGAUGCCCUGGUUGAUGGUGACCUGGAGGGCUACUAUGGAUUUCUACAGGAAGCAAAUGUGGUCAGUUUCUUAUCACAGACAGAGAUCGACUAUAUCAAAUGCAUGGUGCGGGCUCCGCACCGGACAGCUCAGUCAAAUAGGAGAUACAUGGCUGAAGAUGGAGAUAGCUCUUCAGACACUUACUGGCCGGUUCAUUCGGACCUUGACGCUCCAUGCCUGGACUUAGGCUGGCCACAGCAGUUUGGAUUUGUUGGACCCACAGAGGUUACUACGCUGGUUAACCCGCCCGAUCCUGAGAUGCCAAGUAUUAAAGUGCAAGUCCGGAGAAUGAUCAAGAACGCACAACAAGUUAUUGCUGUGGUGAUGGAUAUGUUUACAGAUGUUGAUAUCUUCGCCGAUAUUCUGAAUGCAGCAAUGCGUGGUGUGACUGUUUACAUUCUUCUUGAUGAACUGAAUGCGCACCAUUUUGUUUCAAUGGUGAACAACUGUAGGGUGAAUCUGGAUGAGAUAAAAUUUAUGCGAGUAAGAACUGUCCCUGGCACUACAUAUUUCUGCCACACAGGGAAAACUUUAAAAGGUCAGAUGAUGGAUCGCUUCUUACUGGUGGAUUGCAGGGCUGUUUUAACUGGAAACUACAGCUUCAUGUGGUCUUUCGAGAAGAUACAUCGUUGCCUAGCACAUCUGUUUCUCGGACAGCUUGUGACCACCUUUGAUGAAGAGUUUCGGAUUCUGUAUGCCCACUCCGAGCCGUUAGAUGUCGAAAAAGUUUUGGAAAAUAUGUCACACAACAUCAAUAUACAUGAAGGCAAUCUCAACAUGGAAAAGACCCACAUGUUCAACAGAGAAUUUCCAAAUAUGCUCCCCGAAAGGGCUCGUCAUUACCCAGAGGACCUUAUGAAUGUGGGCGACAAAAUGUUACCCUACAAGAACAUUGAACCCAUCACCCGUCCAUUUCGAGAGGGCCAUCCAUUAAUGGAGCACGGAAGACAAAUGAGAGGACAAAUGGAAAUGUCUGGCUCCAAAAGGCAUGGCUAUCCAGAUGUACCCGACUACGGAUAUAUGCCCCCUCAAAACCAGCCAACAAUGAGAGGCAAACAAUUCACGAAGGGAGUAGUGCCCAAAGGCGGCCACUGUGCAAGGGAACCCGGUUUUUACCAGGGAGGUGGAUUACAGCCUGAUUAUGACAUAUAUAGUGGAUUUAGAGGACAAGGCCAGCACAUAGAUCAGUUUUCAGGGCCUGACUACCCUCAUGAGGUAAAUGAGGCUGUACCACCAGGAGCGUAUGACCAUGUCCAAAGAUACCUGCAGUCCCAGUCUCCUAAGGAAGAUGGACACGGUGCCAGGAAUUUACUUUCACCUGCGCAGCCUAAUCCCAGAAGACACAGCAUGGGUCAGUCUUACGCCUGUCAGACCUCCCCGACACAACCAAACCUACCAGACCAGAAACAGUUCAUCAACGCAAACCGCAAACCACAAGAUGUAAGCCAGAAACAAGGCCUGCGGGAUUGGAGGAUCAGCUCAUACCUCAGUGCAUUUGAUGAUGGAGAAGAUAUGGAUUUUCCUCAACUUGAAGGAUCAGACUUGUCUGAUAACGUUCCAUGUUUUGUGCCUGAAGGGCCUGGUGGCCCCAUGGGAGGCGAAAUAAGAACAGGAAACAUUGAGUUCAACAGAAUGAUGCCUCCAUCUAGGAACAAUCCACCUUUUAUUCAGAUUCGGAACAGUUCUCCUCCACCUCUAAAUUUAGUCUACCACCCACCAGAUUUAGUUGAAAAUAUGAAAAUACCAAUACGAAUAAAAACACCGACAACUUCAGAGUCAUCUUGCACCACCGAAGGCGACAAAGUGGAGGAGACGGUAGUUAAAAAAUCAAAGGAGAUAAACCCGUUUGGCGAAGAGUUUCUCAGGAGCAAACCAACCCGCACUGUCCAGAGAAGUUCCAGACUGAGACACUCGCUGAUAUUCAGUUCAAAUCUGGAGUUGAAUACAGCGGAAGAUUCAAAGGAUUUGGAUGAGGCUUCAAAACUCACAGCUCGUGUAUCACAAAUCAUGGAUAAAAGGUGGUCUACCCCUAGAGAGCCAUUUCAGUGGAGCAGUUUUGUAAGGUCGGCAACCAUUGAUGAUCAAAUCAUUGAGUCUGCACGCUCUGAGGCUUCACUCAACAAAAUUGGUGUUGAUUUUGAUGUCAGUAAGGACAAUAAAUCUCAGGAUCCUCUGCAAGGGAAAAAAACUCCAGAAACCAUACAAUCAACAGCUCUUGAAGAGAAAAGCAAAAGAGAUGAGGCUGAAGUAUGGCAAAGAUCAUUCGUAGAUAUGAAUGACCCAGACAGUAGAUUUAGAUAUUUCAAAGAUUUAGCAGCAAAACGUAAAGCUGAACAUGCAGCAGCCAAAGCUUCUCAAAGCAAUCCUGAAAAUGCGCAGAAGAAAUCUGAGAAACCUUCAACAAGUGAUGGUGGGAAAAAAACAGCUGUCACAACACACACGAUACAAGAUCCCAAAUGUCAGGAAUCUAGCGAAGACAUCUUGCAUAGCGCCACAGAUGCUGAAAAAAUUAGAUUUAAGCAAAAGCUUGCUGAAGACUCUUCCCAAAAAGACACCGCUCCGACUUUAAACACGUCUGUGGAGACAAGCACACAAUCACAGAAAUGUAAACAAAAGACGAUAUGUAAUUUGCCUGGAAAGUCUUCACAACCUGUUAUAAAUUCACCUUCAAAACCAAGCUCAAGAAAAGUUGAGGCGCUCUCAGGGCCUGCUACAUUUGAGACCGGUUCCUCACAAAAUCAAGUGGAUUCAGAUGGAUUAAAUACUGCUUCAUCAGAAACCACGCUCAACCAGUUUCACAUUCCAAAAGAGACAGGAUCCUCCUGUGAGACUCCAGCUGUAAAUUUGUCACAGUCAAAGUGUUUGUCACCAUUAAACAUCACUCCAAAGGAAUCCAGCCAAACACCUGCACAGACGUCACCCCAUAUGUCUAACACAAUCUCUAAUCCUGUAGCUGCAGAUUCCAAACUCAUGAAAGGUGAACAAACCCAAAAACAUUCUGCAAUAAAGACAGAUUCUUCCCAACAGCCCUCUACAACAGAAAAUGAGCAAAAACCCCAUGUACCAGGGCCUUUACAACACCCAGCCCCAAUGAAGACUGACUCUUCCCAACACCCCCCUAAAACAGAAACAGACUCUUCCCAUCAGCCCCCUGCACCAGGAAGUGCAUCUACACAAAAUCUUGCAACAACCGAGACAGACUCCUCCCAAAAGCCUAUUGUAAUGAAAGCAGACUCCUCCCAGCAACUCUCUGGAACUCCUCAAAAACAGACUACAAUGGAGGGAGAGCCAACAACAGCAGAAAGUAAAUCUUUUCAACACCCCGCUGGAAAAGAUGCAAACUCUUUCCAGCAGUCCACCGGAACUGAAAACAAACAUGCACAAUCGACUGCAACAGAGCCAGACUCUUCCCAACUCCCCAAUGCAUUAGAGGUGCAGUCUUCCAAGAUUCCCAAUGUAAGAGAAAAUGAACAUGCCAAGAAAACCAUUGCAAUGGAGACCGAAGCUUUACAACCGCCACCUGCAAUAAGAAAUGAACAUGCACAGGAGAUGUCUGUAACUAAAACAGAAGCUUCGCAAAAACAACCUCCUGCAACAGAAGAUGAACAUGCACUGAAGCCCAUUGCAAUGGAGACAGAAUUCUUGCUACCACCGACUGCAACACAAGAUGAACAUGCACCUAAACCUAAUGCAGCUGAGACAGAGUUUGUGCAACACCCCAGUGCUACAGAAAAUAAACAAGCCCAAGAAACCAUUGCUACGGAGACAGAAUCUUUGCAACCGUCGCCUGCAACAGAAAAUGCACAUGCACAGGAGAUGUCUGUAACUAAAACAGAAGGUUUGCCACAACCUCCUGGAACAGAAGAUGAACAUGUACUGAAGCCCAUUGCAAUGGAGACAGAAGCCUUGCUACCACUGACUGCAACACAAGAUGGACAUGCACCACAACCUAAUGCAGCUGAGACAGAAUCUGUCCAACAACCCCAUGCAACAGAAGAUAAACAUGGACAAAAGACAUUAGCAACUGAGACAGAAUCUGUGCAAAAAUUGCAUGUAACAGAAAAUGAACAAGACCAAAAGACAACUACAAUGAAGGUAGACUUUUGUCAACAGCCUACUGGGUUAGCUGCAAACUCUUCUACUGCACCAGUAAAACAUUCCCCAAAUCCCACCAGAACUGAGGUUGAACCUUUCCUAGAGCCUACAUUACCAGACACUUCUCAACAUCCCACAAAUGCUGUAAGUGAAUCUUCGCAACAGCACACUGCAACAGGGACAGAUGUUUCACAACAGCCCUUUGUAACAGAAAAUGAACUUGCCCAAAAACCAACUGAGACUUCCCAACAGCCAACUGCAUUAACUCAGAACUCCAAAAUCCCAACUGAAACAGAAACUGAACCUGCCCAGAAUCACACUACAAUUGAGGGAGGAUCUUUACAACACCCCCUGGCAACAGAAAAUGAACCUACCCAAAAAGAUGCUGCAACGGAGGGAGAUCCUUCCCAACAUUCUACUACAACAGACUAUCCUAAACAGCCCGCCGCAUUAGGCAUGCAAUCUUCCAAAAUUCUCACAGCAACAGAAAAUGAACAUGUACAAAACCCUUACGCAACUGAGGCUGAAUCUCUCCAAAACCUUCCUGCAAAAGAGUCAAACUCUUCCAAACAGCCCACUAAAAGUGAAAGUGAGCUCAUCCAAGAAUUAACCUCAGAGCAGGCGGAUUGUUUCCAGCAGUCAACAAUGAUAGGAGCAGACUCCUGCCAAAAGUCUACUCCAACAGAGGCAGAUGUUUCUCAACAAGUUUUUACGGAAGAAACCCAGUCCUCUGAAUCAUCUGUUGGAAAAGAUGUAGGCUCUUUCCAAGAUCCUUCUACAUUGGGAGAGGAAUCUUCUCAACACCUCACUACAACUAAACACGAACCAUCCCGACAACCCACUGAAACAGACUCUUUUAAAGAGCCAACUGAAACACUACACGACUCCCAGAAUCCCACUGAAACAGACACAGAUUCAUCCCAUAAGCCAACUGAAACAGAUGACUCCAUCUCAACAGAAUGUGAAUCCAUCCCACACCCUACUGAGAUAAAGUGUGUGCCUGCAUCCCCCUCCACAUUAAAAGUCACGCUGUCUCCUCAGACCAUCUCCUUUGGUGACACCAUCCCAGCAGAUAGUCACAAAUUGUUCCAGACAGGCUCAGUGAGAACAUCAACAAUAGAAACUAACACGGAUCAAAAUAUAUUGAUCACCACGGUGUGCACUAUACAAAGUGAAGCCAAAUCCCCUGAACACUGUCACGCAGACAAUGAAUCAAAGGUUGUCUUGCCAACUAUCACUUCAUUACAAGAAACCAGUUCAGCUACUUCUGAACUGAAAGAUGAUGACGUUUGUCAAGACUUUGGCAACCAAGGAUCCAUCUCGACUACUAACAUUACUCCAGAGAACAACGGCUUAUCUCAAAGUAUCAUCAUCACAGACAGUUUCUCAGCUGAACACAUAUCUGAAAAUCCAUGUCCACAGACUGAUGACGGCAAGAUGGAACUAAAUUCCUCCCUGGAGCAAACACAGACCAAACCAUCUGAAGCUCCUGCGGUAAAAGAUGCAGAUAAUCCUGUUAGUCUCAGUUCAGUCGCGAUGAGCUCAAAUGAGCUUCAUGAUUCAACGGAGCCUGACACAACUCAACAAUCUGUUACAUUAUCUAUACUGGAAUCUGGUUCUUUGAAUGAUCCAAAACCUGAGGAUGAGCAUCACAAGAAUGAGGAGCAACCUUCAGAUGGGUCUGAGAUGGCUAAAGUUUCUAUAACAACUGAAACCAACCAAACAACACCAGAAAACUGUGUAAGCAACCUAGCAGAGGUGUCUGAAAAAUCAGAAAGUACUGUGAUACCAGAAAGUGCAGAAAAUGCAAAGAGUCAGUCAGCUUUAACAGAAAAUCCCAAACCCAUUCCAUCUGCCCAUCAGUCGUCUACUGCAAACGUUAUCUCAUGUAGCAACCUUAGAGAUGACACUAAAGUCCUUUUAGAGCAAAUUUCAGCCAAGAACCAAAGAACCAAACUGACUCCUGCUUCAGCCAAUGAGGAGAAAGAGGGCGGGGUUAAAUCUGAAGGACAACAGCUGUCAAGUUUUUCAGGAAGACCCUGGUCGUCCAAGGCUUCAGCAGAAGAUAAGGAAAUUUUGCUGCAAAAGAUGGAGAAGAUGAGGAAGGAGAGAAAAGUCUACAGCCGUUUUCAGACCUCUUAAUCUGGAAUUUAAACCAUUUGGAAGAGCGACUGAAAUACUGGACAAGCAGAGGGAAGGAAUAUUGACUUAUUUUUCCUCCAAUCUUACCUCAUAGCUGUGAACCUGCACAAACUUGUGUCAAAGUAUUUUCUAAUGUGUUACAACAAAUAGUGCUACCUGCAAGACUUAACAUGAAGACUGUUGAGUGCUCCUGCGUCAGUCCUGAACUAAUGAUCAGAUCAUUUAUAGACAUGUAGGGGCCUACUGUGUGACAGAAAACAGGAAAACAACCCCCGUAUACCUGCUGGAUAAGGUUUUGAUAGGGCAAAUAUUUCCUAUGUAUAUAUCUUUGUGAUAUCCCAUCUGGAUGAUCUGACAAAUUUGUUUAACAAACAAGAGCAAGGAAGAAAUACAAAAUGUGUGAACGGUUAGAGAACAGUAAAGGAAGUAGCACUUCAUUUUGAAUUCGAGUGAUAUUCUUCUGUAAAAUAUUGGGUGGAUUUUUGUUUAAAAAAGCUAUUUAUACCCUUAAAGAAAUUAUUUUAUACUUUCAAAUCCUUUUCUAUGUAGAAUUCUAGACAAUUCUAAUAAAAUUGUUCUCACAACGACUUAAUAGAGGAUUUUAUGAAUAGAAGAUGAAUAGAGAUAUUUUAAAUAACAAAAACAAACUUGUUUGUAAAUACCAUUGAGUGUAUUAUGUUUGUCUUUAAUAAUGAUUUGAAAGAAGAGCAUCUUGUUUGGUCAUUGAAACAGUAAGAUAUCAGAUUUUCUUAAUCGCAUAUGAAGAUAAUUGUCUAAAAAACUACCACUCAUGUACGGUUUCCAAACGAUAUAUGUUUAAAUCACAUUCAAAAUAAAGGAUGGUCUGUUACACUGACAAAAAAAUAAAAAUGAUUUUUUUACACAAACAUAUAAGGCAACUAUUAUCAUCUUGACAUUUGUUGGGAAAUUUAAUCUUCAGAAUGUCUUUUGUUGACACUGCAGUUUUUACCCUUUGGCACCGUUAUGGAUAUUUUGUGUUGGACCAAAGAAUGACUUCAGAAAUGGGGCUUAUGAACUUAAUUCAACCAUACAGCAGUCAAAUAAUAUUAAUGUUAUGUUUCAACAUGGCAAAAUAUUGUGUGGUGGGUAACACCCUUGCUUUAAGCGAGUCUUUUCAAGCCUUUCCUUUGGCGCUUAUACUUGACAUCAUUGAUCUUACAUGAGCUGCUCAGUCACGCUGCGGAAAAAUGAAUCAUGCCGUCAAGCUUAAAUUUUGCUUCGCUAAUACUUACAAAACUUCAUAUUUUUAGGAGUUGAUAUUUAAGGCCAUGUUACAAAAUAGGAAAAAGAAAAUGAAUAGCAUGUGUGAUGUCACCAGAAAAACAGUGAGACCUUUGUCUGCACUUGGACUUUAAUAAGACUGUGGCUAGUGAUCAGUUAAUCUCUGGCUU